CCCGGUCUGGCUCCGCGAGCAGGGCUGGGGGGCUGAGAGCCUGGCCCCCGCCUCGUCGCCGGUCACUGCCUGGAGUAGCCGCGAGCCUGCGGACCAGCGCCGGCUGAGCACCCCCGCGCCGAGCCACACAAUGGCUUAUUCUGAGGAGCAAGGAGGGGUCCCCUGUGGUUUCAUCCGCCAGAAUUCCGGCAACUCCAUUUCCCUGGACUUUGAGCCCAACACGGAGUACCGGUUUGUGGAACAGCUGGAAGAACGUUACAAAUGUGCCUUCUGCCACUCAGUGCUUCACAACCCGCACCAGACGGGGUGCGGGCACCGCUUCUGUCAGCACUGCAUCCUGUCCCUGAGAGAAUUAAAUGCAGUCCCACUCUGCCCUGUAGAUAAGGAGGUUAUCAAAUCUCAGGAGGUGUUUAAAGACAAUUGCUGCAAAAGAGAAGUCCUGAACUUAUAUGUGUAUUGCAAAAAUGCUCCUUCAUGUAAUGCCAAGAUUAUUCUGGGGCGAUACCAGGACCACCUCCAGCAAUGCCCGUUUCAAGCCGUGCAGUGUUCUAAUGAGAACUGUCAGAAGCCAGUCCUUCGGAAAGAUCUGAAAGAACAUUUGAGCGCAUAUUGCCAGUUUCGAGAGGAAAAAUGCCUUUAUUGCAAAAAAGAUGUGAUAGUAAUCAAUCUACAGAAUCAUGAGGAAAACUUGUGUCCUGAGUACCCAGUAUCUUGUCCUAACAAGUGUUUGCAGAUGAUUCCAAGAUCUGAGGUGGAUGAACACCUCGCUGUGUGUCCUGAAGCUGAACAAGACUGUCCUUUUAAGCACUAUGGCUGUACUGUAAAGGAUAAACGGGGGAACCUGCUGGAGCAUGAGCAUUCAGCCUUACGGGACCACAUGCUUCUGGUUUUAGAAAAGAACUUCCAGUUAGAAGAGCAGAUUUCUGAUUUAUAUAAGAGCCUAGAACAGAAAGAAAGUAAAAUCCAGCAGUUAGCAGAAACAGUAAAGAAAUUCGAAAAGGAGUUCAAGCAGUUUGCACAGCUACUCGGCAAAAAUGGAAGCUUCCUCUCAAACAUCCAGGCUCUUGCCAGUCUCAUUGACAAGUCCGCUUGGCUAGAAGCUCAAGUGCGUCAGUUAUUACAAGUGGCCAACCAGCAACAAAAUAAAUUUGAUCUGAGGCCUUUGGUGGAAGCGAUUGAUACAGUGAAGCAGAAAAUUACUCUGCUAGAAACCAAUGAUCAGAGACUAGUUGUUUUGGAAGGGGAGACUAACAAACAUGAUGCCCACAUUAAUAUUCAUAAAGCACAGCUGAAUAAAAACGAAGAGCGAUUUAAACUGCUAGAAGGUGCCUGCUAUAAUGGAAAGCUCAUCUGGAAGGUGACAGACUAUAAGACGAAGAAGAGGGAGGCACUCGAUGGGCACACGGUGUCCAUCUUCAGCCAGCCCUUCUACACCAGCCGGUGCGGCUACCGGCUCUGUGCUAGAGCAUACCUAAACGGGGAUGGGUCCGGGAAGGGGACACACCUGUCACUGUACUUCGUGGUGAUGCGAGGGGAGUUUGACUCACUGUUGCAGUGGCCAUUCAGGCAGAGGGUGACCCUGAUGCUUUUGGACCAGAGUGGCAAAAAGAACCACAUUAUGGAGACCUUCAAGGCUGACCCCAAUAGCAGUAGCUUUAAAAGACCUGAUGGAGAGAUGAACAUUGCGUCUGGCUGCCCCCGCUUCGUGGCUCAUUCCACUUUGGAGAGCGCCAAGAACACCUACAUUAAAGAUGACACCGUGUUCCUGAAAGUGGCCGUGGAUUUAACUGACCUAGAGGAUCUCUAGUCCCUGUUUCUGGGGGUGAUGAAGGACUUGUUGGGUCCAGAACCAUGGAGGAGGACACCUGUGAUUAUCAUACGGACUGACAUUGAACUUAGUACACAUUUGUAUUUGGCUUCUUGCCACUUGGUGUUUGAAGGCAGUUUGAAACUUCUCAAGUGCUAUCUUCUUUUUACAUUUUACUCUAUCCCAGUUUGAAACUUAAAACCUUAGAAUAUUCUCUCAUUAUUUAUAUUUUUAUAUUUCUUGAAAGAUGUUAAGUUUCUUGAAAGCGAGGUCUGGGGCAUAUCUGUUUUACUGGUGCUUAGCAUAGCGUCUCAUGGUAGGCACUAUGUGAAAUGUUACUGAGGACACAGAGGAAGAAUUGAAAAUGCUUUGGUAUUUUAUUAUUUGGCCUGCUGAUUCUAGACCUGACCAUAAGCCUGCAAAAGCCAUCUUCCAGGGUAGACUACUCCAGUUAAGUAGUUGGGUGAUGUACUUUCAAAGACCACAAGCCCAGUUUGGACCAGACUUUAUUUGGUCAAAUACAAAAUUUGUGGAAAUUACUACACCUCUAAAUAUUUUCAUUAAAAAUUACCAGUAGUCACCAAGUACAGUUUUGCAAGGCUGUGUUAGAACUGGUGAAUAGAGGAAGCAUUUUCAUUCUUCCUGUUGAAGUAAACAGAAAGUCCUGCACUGUGUGUGUGUGUGUGUGUGUGUGUGUGUGUGUGUGUGCAGAGAGAGAGAGAGGGAGAGAUAGUUUAUACAUAUAUAUGGAGAUAUAGUCCUCCAACGAAAGCUCAUAUUUUAUUAGGUACAACCAUGUGAAAAAAAGCUGUUUUCAUAGGUCAGAAAAGGUCAAGUAUUAACAGUUUCAUAAGGUUCAAUUUAGUAGAUAUGUAUGUACAUGUAUAUGUAUGUAUACACCUAGUUUAAAAGUAUGUUGGUAAUAAUAGUAAGUUACUGUGAGGAUGGGUAGCAUUUAGUACAUGAUGGAGAAAAAUGUCAUAAAUGGAUAAGAGGAAUUUAAACCUAGGGAGAACACCAUUAUUAUUCCUAUGGUGUCAGAAGUAUUCUCAUCCCAAACUGAUUACUAAAAGCAGUAUCUCCUAUUCUUUUUGAAAGAACUUCUGAAUUCAUAAACUGAUAUGAAAAUGGGCAUUUAUAUAAACCUGUGACUUUUCUUGUUGAAGUUGUGAGUACUUUGUGAGGAACAGAAAUGAUUCUAUUCUUAAGCAUCUGUCUGUGUGGGUCUAUCUACGAGGGUGUGUGUACCAGUCAAGUGAAUCCCAGUUUUCCUGAGCCCUCCUUUGUUGUUAUGCAACUCAGUGUUUCCUGACAUUCAAGCCAACUCCCUUGAGUGUGUGGGGAUAAAGUGCCCUGGGCUGAGGGCCACUUAAUGCAGCUUACCCGAGUGAGGACCUUAUAGCUUUUGAGCAGUCGAUCUGAUAAAAUAAACAUGAUUUUUAUACCA